UUCCUGCAGAAUUCAUCUUGCAAGAGUGAUCAACCCUGGUCCUGCAGAUCAGAGAGGAUUCUACUUUACCGGUUGUCCACCAGAAAGUUUAAAGCUUCCAGAAUGGAGGCGUACUACGUACGAGUGUCCUUCAUCGGUAUAUGAUUUCCAUGUAAAUCGUAUCGUGGUCAAUAACUUAUUCUCGCAUAUAUCUGAGGAGUGAUCUCAAGAGGAUUCCUAUCAGCCUUGUCUAACAGUACCGUUCAUCAGGGAGCAUCGGCCCCAAGUGUGCGCAAUAACCUGACUCAGAGACAGGAUGUUGCCAAGAGGGGACAUGAAGGCACGUUCAGCCACAAUACAUUUUGGACCAAAAGGGAGUUGCGGAGAGAUAUUUCAUUGGCCAGUGGAACACAGUCAGUCGCGCUGCGCAAGGCCAGAGCAAGCCGAGCACGAAGCCAAGGGCCAGUGUGUUCCAGUGGCAGUCAGUGGGGUAUGCAGACAGAUUUGAAAUACUGCACAUGAGAAGGAGUGCAUACGUGUUCGAUCGUUGGCUCGUGUUUGGCGCAGCCACUGACGCAGCUCGUCGUCACAGCCAACACCAAACAAUUCUAUCCUGUCCAGCACAACGAAUGUCGUUGCUGCUGUUGCUAUUCCCGCCGUUAAUAUUGGAUAAUAUUACUGGUGCUACCUACUGCGGGCAUCCUUCGGCCUCUGUCAUUUUCCACGCCUCGUGCGUCACACUUCUCGCAUAAAAAUCACGACGGCCCUCUUGCGACUAUGGAAACAGUAUUGCUGGAGUGUGCUGGAGUAACUAGUAUGACCACACGUCAGUAGGACACGUUUUGCGGAUGUCGUCUGCCGAACGGCACCGUUCAGCACGACCAACGACAUGUCGCUAGAGACGCACGAUCGCUUGUCGCUUAUAGAAAACUGAGAUUCCGUUCUUAGAGCAAUCGUCACGGAUUUUUGCCAAAUGCAACGAUUCCUACAUUCCUGAGAUAAGAUAUACUUUUGGCUUGACAAUGGAACAAAGAAGACUGUGUGUAAAUAUUUAUGUCAAUUGGAAGCAUCCUGAAACAUUCUCGCACUAUAAAGAAUUUGUUUUGCAAAACGAAGGCACAAAGAUGUCGAAGAAGCUGAGCUUCUACGGGUUGGUGGCCCUUGCAUCACUUUGCCUUUUUUUUCUCCUGUUUAAUCAACGCUACAGCGGCUACCUUGAGCAGAAAUUACAGCCAGUGUACACUGUCAGCAGGAAAUUUGAGAGUUACGUGAGGGGAAUAACGACCAACAAUAACAACUCCACCAUAAUGGAAAUUCACAGGGUCAUAGAUCAACAGAGAAAGGCAAUCGAGAGAGAGAUGGUCGAUUACAAUUAUCCAAACGGAUUGUAUGGUAUCAACGCGAGAUGCGAACAGUGGGAUGGUUUUUGCAGUAAAUUGGAGGAUUUUGUGAUGGAAAAGGGUGGAAGGCCGAUGAGGAGUGUCAUCCUGACAACGUGGCGAAGCGGCAGCACCUUCUUUGGGGACGUCUUGAAUGCCCAUCCCGCCAAUUUCUAUCAUUAUGAACCAUUGCUGGAUUUUGGCAUUGUACAGGUUAGAAAUAAACCACUUGCAGAGUAUGCGCUAAGGAACAUAAAGGCUAUGUUCCAUUGUGACUUCAGCGACAUGGACCAUUAUUUGGACUAUGGAAAAACGCACUCUUGGCUCUUCAAUCACAAUACACAUUUGUGGCGACAGUGUCAGUUGCAUAAGAAAAUAUGUUGGGAUCCAAGAUUCGCAUCAGGAAUGUGUCGGCUCUUUCCGUUCCAGUCGAUGAAGCUCGUGCGAUUGAGACUACAGGUCGCCGAGGAACUCUUAGCUGAUGAGAGCCUGGGCGUAAGAAUGGUUUUUCUAAUACGCGAUCCAAGAGGAACUUUACAAUCACGAAAGCACCGGGACUGGUGUCCAGAUAACCCGGAUUGCGCGGAUCCGGCUUUAGUCUGUAGUGACAUGGUGUCGGACUACAAUAUGGCUGUGAAAUUGUUUAAAAAAUAUCCAACCAGGUUCAUUGUUGUCAGAUACGAGGACCUCUCCGUGGAUCCAUACCGAUAUGUUCAAGAUCUUUUCACCUUCUACGGGUUGGACUUUCACUCGAAUGUGAAACUGUUCCUGGACACUCAUACGAAAAACGAUGUCGGUGGAGUGUCAAGCACGUAUAGGAAUUCCAAGGCCGCUCCCUUCCAUUGGCGUACAGAUUUCGACUUUGAAACUGUCGAGAAAAUACAACGGGUAUGUGCGGAUGCUAUGGCUCUUUGGGGUUAUGUAAUGGCUGUGAAUGCCACUCACCAGAAAGACUUUAAUCCCAUAACGAGUUAUCGAUUGAAGUGAGUCAAAUCUGUUUUGAUACAGAGACUGUAGCCAAUCUCCGUAGAGGCCUCGCGAAGGAUUUAUGAAAUCUGCAGGUAGGAUUCAGUACAGUCAAGAAAAUUAGAGAAUGGCGAGUUCUCAUAUUUAAGUGAAAGUCUUGUUCCUAAUAAUAUGCACUUCAGAAUCAUCGUCACUCUGCGAGCCAAUCAUCACGAUGUAUCAAGAGACACAUUCGAUAUGGCGAUAUUGCGCCUCUAUUUCUAUUCUACUAGCACAAGGAAUACGAGGACGCGCGAUCGUCGAUCGACCUGGAAAUCGAUUAGUUCUCGCGAGGAACAACCUUAAAGAAAAUUUAAUUAUAGAAGGAACAUAGUGCCAUGUACCGGGAACAAUCUUUUCCCGGUGUUAUUCGAAUUCUCUCGUCUUGCGUGCAUAUCUGUUUGUUAUUCGGUCUGAUUUCGCGCCAUUCGAUCGCUCAUUCCACUGGCGGCAACUUUUGAAUUAGCCGGGUAUUUUUACCUAGCUGCACCAGGGACUCGGCAGUCUCGUGAUAAAUAUUAAGUAUGGAAACUGUAUUCUCAAGACACAUAAAAUAUUCCAUACUGUCUACAUAAAAGUUGCCACCGUAGGCGUAAUUUAUAGUUAAAUAAUAGUUUGAAUAAAUAAUUGGCUAUUGCUCAAAAGUUCGUCAAUAAUUUAGGUCAAAUUAAAUAAUUUAUAAACGAUCGAUCAGCCUUGCGCAAUGUGAUUUCUGGUAGUCGGGAAUGAAAAUCACUGCGCCAUGUAUCAAUCAUGUAUGAUCGUGGAUCACGGCACAAAAUUGCUUAAAAAUCCAUGACUACGAAAAUAUUGACAAAUAUGUACGGUCUAUUGAGACUUAUUGUAAUAUCAAUUGUGAAUUCCUCUCAAAGUUUUUAUACACAAUAUAGAAUUUACUUUUUUAGCUAGGUUUAUUUGACCUAAAUCGAAUAGUCGCGAGGAGAAACUUUUUUUUAGUACAGUUUAUAUUACGGUUACUAUCACUUGCAGCAGUGAUUCGCCUACGCAUCAAAAUAGAGGCAAUACGUGACUCACAUACAAUUAUUCGCUACGAGCUAUUAAUUUUUCUACUACAGUCAACUGAUGAGUAAAAUGUGAAAUCCAGGGUGUCCUUUUUAUUUAUGUUGAAAUGCAUAAGAAGAUGCCCUCUCAGAACAUAUCUUACUUUUGGACAGAAUAUACAGCUCAAUACCCACAGUUGCUUCGAGGCCUAAUGUUAUAUUGGUUAGAAGUUUUGCUCUCCACGUUGCUUGCGGCAUUUAGGAUGCAAUACGUUUACAAUUCUUGAUUAGAUUAUUUUAUCGUGUCGCUGCCGGUACGGUGCUGAUACAGUCAAUUAUAUUUUAUCUUACAAUGGCGCUGGCUUGAUCGUUUAAGACUGCUGCUGUUUAAAACUUUUGUUGCAACGAAUGAUAAAGUCAUAUAAGAGUAUGAAUACUUUUAUAAAAUAUCAUGAAAAUGUUCAGGCAUCCUUUUUGAACUCUCCUUACUUAGUUGAAAAGAAAUUCGCUUUUACACUUUUACAUGUAUUUUUUGUUUAUUUUUUAUCGAAUUUAGCUAAAAUACUUGUUGACUUGAUUUAUAAUAAGAUUCGAUAUUAUUGUGACGAGCAUGAACUUGAUUUGUGCAAUUAUCUAGACAGGUGCGAAAUCUGUAGUUUAAUUGACUAUAAUUUGUUACUGUACAAUGAUUCAAAAGAAUGCGAGAAGUGAACAAUGUUUUGAUGAAACUUCGUACCUUCCAGAUUCUUUAUUUUUUUUAAAUUUCUUUUUAAUAAUUUAAUCUUAAUUAUUUGCUUUGAAAAGAAUGCUAUGAUCUAAAAAUUCAUUUCAAAUAAGAAUUUAUAGGCUUUGUGCCAUCUCAUGUACAUGCUUUUUCGUGCACAGAUGUUAUUUUAUUUAAUAAACUUUACUGGGUACCCUCAUUGUGAGAAGACGUGACAAGCCGGGAUUGAAUAAUAUAAGCAGAAUCAUAGAGGAUGAUAGAAUAAGAGGAAUCAGAACAAUUUAUCUUUGCUUGAAAAGUAUAAAGAUAAAGAAAUUUGUAUAGAAAGUUUCAAGUCCUGUUUUAGAAGAAUCUCCCGUCUACUCGGUCACUAUUGAAUCAUUCGUUUGCUUUUUUUUAAUGACCAUCUUUUCUUGCCAAUAAAAUUUGUAAGAUGCAUCGAACACGCACUAUAGGAAUUAAGAUUUUUCGGAUUGCUCGGGCUUCUAUAAAAAAUUCUAUCAAUAUAGUUAUCUAUAUCUACCUUCGCUUCGAAAUUUGGAACAUGUGUGAACGAAGUACUUAUGGAUAUUACGUUUGCAAGAAAGAUGGAUCAACAUGGUACAUGUAAUUUAUUGGACCACGUUAAUCAGUUUUUGGUCUGUAAGGUGAUGUAGCGUCUAACCUAUGUAUCAUGAUUUUAUUCUAGUACAGGUGUCGUGUACAUAGGCAGUCGGGUUCCUUUAAUAAAUCCGAUUAACUUUUAUGUGCUACACUUCUGUUGAUUAAGAAAUUACACAAAAAUAAGAUAUUAGUACCGCAAUACUGGGAUUUAUUAAGUAAGCGAAGAUAUAAAUAUACAUAUCAAAUAUUUCA